UUUAAUUAAACAAUUAGCUGCCUGGCGAGGCGGCUGGCGGCGCGCUGCGCUGCGCUGCGGUGCUGAGUUCGAGGCGGGGCGCGGCACGGCAUUCGCUGCUGAGCCUUCGUCUGAAGGGAAGGCCGUACAGCCAACGCGCCUGCGAGGAGCAGCUGGCUGGAAGACGGAGCGGAGGAGUCUUCGCGCAAAGAGUUUCUUCUGGUGCUUUCAGCGUGCAUAUCAUCUGCAGCGUUAUCAUGCCCAACAACAUGCAUUCAUGCGCCUUGUGUGUGCGACCAAUAUUCUCUUAACUGCGCAGAGAAAGAACUCGAUGACAUUUCUUCUUUUAAUGAAUGUGGUGGUGUCGAUCGCAUCUGGUUAAAUAAUAAUAACAUUAAGACAGUGAAAAAAGGAAUUUUUUCUGCUUUCCCUGACGCCGAAUACAUCAAUCUCGCGACCAAUCAAAUACAAUAUAUUGAAGAUGAAGCUUUUUCAGAAGUCUCCAAGUUAAGAAGACUUGUCUUGACUGGAAAUAGGAUAUCUACUCUGACAAAACUGAAUAUUCCUCAAGUAACAACACUUGAAUUAAGCGAAAAUCCACUUUCGAAAGUUGAGCUUUCAGCAAAGAGUCUUAUCAUGCUUACAAUGACCGGCUGCAAGCUGACAACUCUCAAGAAUGUCCUACCAAACACGUCAAAUUUGAUCACUUUGGAUAUAAGCAACAAUGAACUGAAGGAACUAAAUUCCGAAUGGUUUGAAAUGGCAAAAGGUUUUACAACAUUGAAUGUGUCUCACAAUCAUGUGGAGUCAUUAAAUAUUGAUGGAAGCAACCUAAAAAAACUGGUAAUACUUGAUUUGUCCCACAACAAAGUUCUCAAAGACUUCGACCCAGAUGUUUUUGAGAGUAUGCCUGUUCUACAAACGCUGGAUUUGACAGGAACUUUGCUAUUGGUGCCGUCUGGUGGCCCCUUAUUCUCACACGAGACAAUUUCGCAUCUCUUCCUGUCAUCUUGCGGACUAAGUAAAGAAUUGCCAGCCGGUGCUUUCUCCGAGUUACCUAACCUGGAUCAAUUGGACCUUUCAAGAAACAGCCUGUUCGGCAUAGAGGGUCUGUUCAUCUCAUCUACUAACCUCCGAAUACUUGAUCUGUCUGGAAACAAUAUUCUUUCCUUGACGAGUGAUGCUUUUUCUGGUACACUUGCCCUGGAAGAGCUGUACCUUAAUAACAAUGCCCUUAAUUCUUUCAAUCUAUCGACUAUCGUUCACUUGUCGUCCUUACGAGUGUUGGACAUAUCCAUUACUCCUUUGGCAUGUUCGUGCUCCGAAGAUCAUUGGUUACUGGACCAUUGGACAAAUGAAACAGACGUGGAAUUUAAAAAUACAUGCCCUGAUUCAUCAUGUGACUGGGACGAUUUCUCCACUACUACUGAACCGGAGAAGAAGUGCUGGCAUACACUCUGCAAUAAAGGAGAAAAGUGCUGCUCAAAUGGAGUGUGCGCAAAGAAAUGUUCAGGUGUCGCCUUAUCUGCAUUGCCCUUGACUUCGAUAAUGAUUAUUGCAAUGGUACUAACGCAAAUUGACAGAGAACGGGUUUAGCUAUCGACAAGUGACAGGAAAUAGUGUUUUCUAUUUGAAACUAGUUACAUUCACAUUUCAUGAAAAUUGAGAUCAUUUGAAUAGAAAUGUAUUGUUUUCUAUUAUAGACAUCGAGUAUUUGCACUUUUAAGUACGUUUUAAGCAUUUAAUUUAUUAUUUUUCCUUGUUACGUUGUCCAUGUCGGUCUCGCUGGUGUGAAGGCUUAGGACAGGUUCAUGCCGAAUGGAACUGAAAAACGAGGUUUGGAAUCCCGCGUUAUGUUACAAAACCAAGGACUCUUCCAGCAAGGUUGUUGCAUGCUUACUUUUCACUGUGCCAUGUAUCCCAUCUCAUUCAAUGCAUUCAUUCAUGACCAUCCAUUUCUCAUUAUUUGCCCAUCAUAGUUAUGCUUUCAUGCAAUGGAUAUUUACAAUUACUCUGUUAAUCCACCCAGAAACAGAAGGGCGUGUUGACGUAAGCCACCUCCCCUCGCUUGAGAGUUACUUUUAAGACAUUUUACUUGGAUUUGUAUCUUUCGUAUGUUUGUUGUGCUUUUGUUACUUAUGUUUUUUGAUAUCAGAGUAUCAAUUACAAAUUUCGUUUACUUAAAAACUGCAUAUAAGCAUAAGCAUAACUUUUUCAAUAGUACCUACAACAAAAAUAUUUCUGAAAGAGGAAGCUACAGUGAUGCGACUUAUGUUCAUACAAAUAUUGUAUUGUAAUUUUGAUAUUGUUAUUGUAAUUAUAAUAAUCAUAAUGUAUUGUAAAUAUCGUAUUGUUUUGUAAUAAUUAUAUUCAAUUGUAUGCUCAUAUUGUAUUGGAAAGUACAUUAAUAAU